AUGGAACGUUUUUGGUCCAGCGAGAAUAUUGCAUCUAGCAAGGCUUAUUCUCUGGAGGAAAAUCGUUGUGAGGAAGUGUUUCAACAAACCGUUCGGUGCGACGAAGAUGGUCGGUACAUCGUAGUACUUUCCUAUUAUAUAAACGUCCUUACCCGGCUAGGCGAGUCAAGGGACAUCGCCUUCCGACGUCUUCAGGGAACGGAACGCAGGUUGGCAAGGAAAGCCAGUUUACGUGAUCAGUUUAACGCUUUCAUGGAUGAUUAUCUUCGUUCGGGACACAUGCGGAAGGUCGAGCAAGCUACUCUUGGCUCGGUGCAACGAUGCUAUCUUCCACAUUAUCCGGUGGUCAAUGAAGCAGGUUCAACCACCAAGGUGCGAGUAGUCUUCGAUGCCUCCUGCAAAAUAUCUUCAGGGGUGUCGUUGAAUGAUGUGUUGCUCGUUGGGCCAGUAAUACAAGACGACUUACGGCCCUGCGGUGUCGAACUCGACAAAUAA